AUGGACAGUUUACAUUCUUCUUCGCACAAAAGACCAAUAUUAGAUGACUCAUCUGAAACAACUCCCCCAAUAUCUGACCACCAAACAAAACGAAUGAGACUUACUUUACCUCCUAUAUCUGCUACUUUACCGACUCCCUCUUCUUCUUUUCCAUCUUUUCAAUUACCUAUUCCACCUAUAGAACCUAAUUCAGGAAACUUACCUAUCCUUCCUCCAAUUUCUGCUACAGAUUCACCAGUUUUACCAAUAUCUUCUCCUAGAUCUCUUUCUGGUCAACAACAACAACAUCAUGAACUUCCUCAUAUUGAUUCUUUAGGCAAAAUUGAUAAAAAUGUUGGGGAAAAUGAAGUAAACGAGAUUAACGAAGAUGAUCAAGAUGAUGAGUUUUCUUUGGAUCGUUCACUUUUUGAAGGAUUAUAUUUACAAAGAGAGCCACACUUAAUUGUUAAGAAUGACGAUUCUCUCAACAUGGAAGGUCGCGAAGAACAUCAUCUCGGGCACAUGAUCUAUGAUCCCAACAAAAUACUUCCACCUUUAGAAUUCCACGAAAAUGGGAUAUUAGAAGUUAGGGUUUCAUCCAAACAUUUAACAUGGAAUAAUAAAAAAGUCAGAUCCCGAUUUUUAUGGGGAACUGAUAUAUAUACCGAUGAUUCGGACGUAGUGGCAGUCCUUAUUCAUACGGGAUAUUUUAUUCCUCCAAUCUCCAAAUGGUCAUCUGAUCCACCUGACCAUGAUUUAUGUGUUACAAUUCGAGUUUUACCAAAAUUAGUUCAAUAUACUGCGACCGUUCGUAAUCAAUAUCAAAGCCGGUCGUGGGGAAAUCAUCAUGGCGUCAGUUAUAAGAUCGAAAAAAAUGGUGAAGCCAUUGGGCGAUCUAUCAGUAAGGGUAGAAAAGAACGCCUUCGAAAGUUUCAUCAAAUGCGAAAACGUGCAUUUCAAGGAACCGAAUAUGAUCGAGGCGAUGAGUCUAUAAUUGUUUUUAAUAAUGACGGAGACCCUUGCCUUAAAUAUAACCUUUCAUUGAUGUCUAAUGACGAGCAUAUAAAAGAAAAACUUCGAAAUGAGGUUUUAUAUUUAGAAAACGAUGAAGAGCGAGAUAAAUAUCGGUUUGCUAUUGUGUCGUCAGCCACCUAUUUAGGACUUUCCGCAAUUUUAAAGGAUAAUCAAGAGAGGGAUAAUAGUCAGCCAAAUUUCCCUUUGGAUGAAUCACAUCUAGAAGAAAUAAUUCGCGAUGAUCUAGAUUUUCACGAAAUGUCCUGGAACAUUUUAGGCGUAAUUGUUGAAGAUAAAAUAGAUUCAUCACGGGUUACAUAG